UGAAAAUGCAAAUGAGACGCGGUGACGUCAAUGAAACUACUAGUUAGCAACAGUUCAGCGGCUGCACGUCCUGCACUAGCUUCAAAACUCCUUUCGACUAGUUCAGCAACAUUCCUAACGCAGUCAUGUCAACGAAAGAAUCAAAGCCAAAUCUCAGCCAUGACCAAGUUACAGAGAUAGUGAAACAACUCUUUGGUUUAACUACAUCCACCAUUCAUCCAUUGCCCAGUUAUGAUGAUCAGAACAUUUAUGUGGCCUCUAGUGAAGGUGGCGAGUACGUUCUGAAGGUUAUGAACUCUGUAGAUAGUCAAAAUUUCACUCUUCUAGAACUGCAAACUCACGCUAUGAACUUCUUACACCAGAGAGGACUUCCAGCCCAGACCGCUUUACCCAACCUGAAUGGCCAACUCUUGAGUUUGGAAGAAAUUGAUUGUGGUUAUGGCAUGCAGAAAUAUUUGGUCCGCUUGCUCACCUACCUGCCUGGCACUACAAUAGCCAAAAUAACCAGCAGUCCCGAGAUCUUGUAUGAGGUUGGGAAAAUGGCAGCCACAUUGGAUAAAGUGUUACUUCAAAUGGAGCAUCCAAACAUCAGUGCCCUCCAGAGAGAGAAUUUCAGGUGGAAUCUUGGCAGCAUUCCUCUCUUAAAUCAAUAUAUUCAUGUGAUGGACGGGGAUCCUGUGCAAAAGAUUGUUAAAGGUGUUAUGGAGCAGUAUCAGGCCCAAGUUGUGCCAAAACUAACACUUUUUCGCAAGUGCAUUAACCAUGGAGACCUGAAUGACCACAAUCUCUUGGUGGAACCCAUUGGACCUUCAAGGUACAAGAUCUCAGGGAUUCUUGACUUUGGAGACAUGAGUUGUGGGUAUUUAAUAUUUGAGCUGGCCAUCGCAAUCAUGUACAUGAUGAUUGAAAAUUCCAAUCCUAUAGAUGUUGGAAGGCCAGUGGUGGCGGGAUGGGAAAGUGUUUUUCCUCUUAACGAUGCAGAAAAAGAUGCACUCUAUUUGCUGGUUUUGGGUCGGUUCUGCCAGUCACUGGUUCUGGCUCGACAUGCGGUUAUUCAGCAACCAGAAAACACAGAAUACCUGAUGACGACGGCGAAGACAGGUGUGCACCACCUGUGUCGUCUUUGGGAGUUGGGUAAAGAGGAAGUGGAAAGAAUAUGGUUCCAGAGUGUUGCACAGUUAUAGACCAUGACUGAUCGCUGCAUUGGGGAAUAUACUAUUAUGUCUUGCAAUACAGGAAUAGUCCUCCCAAAAAUAAAAUUCCUGUUGUUGUUUUCUCACAUGUUGUUCCAAUUACAGAAAUGGUGACGUUUGUAGAAAACUGUUGAUUUUAAACCAAACAGUUUGUUUAACACUGAUGUCUAUUCCAUGUUCUCUUGAUGUCUGUUUGCUUUUGAUCUCAGAACUAAUGUGAGCAGAUGGCAUAGAGGAAUAAUUUGUAUAUAUUCCUAUAUCACAUACAGUGGCAAGAAAAAUAUGUUGAUUUAUCUGCAUUUAUGAAAAAAUGUGUCUUUAAAUCUGGUUUGAUCUUCAUCUAAGUUUUAAAAAUGAACAAACAAUCUGUUUGAACUAAUAACACACAAAUUAUUGUACUGUACUUGUACAUAUUUAACACAUCAUUCAAACAUUCACAGUUUAGGUUAGAAAAAGUAUGUGAACCCCUAGUCUAAUUAUGUCAACAAAACCUAUGAUCAAGAAUUGUUGCUUUGCAUAAAGCUGGAAAGGGUUAUAGUUAUCUUGAAGACCUUAGAUAUCUAUCUGUCCACAGUUAGACAAAUUGUCUAUAAAUGGAGAUGAUUUAUUACUGUGGCUACUCUCCCUAGAAGUGGCCGUCCAGCAAGGAAUAUUUAAAGAGCACACAGAAUGCUCAAUGAGGUAAAAGAAGAACCCUAGAGGGACAGCUAAAUAUUUGAAGAAUUAAUUGGAAAUGGUUAAAAUCUCUGUGAGUUUACUAUACAGAAAACAUUAAACAGGCAUGGUGUCAAUAGCGGGAAAUAACAAAGGAAGCCCCUGCUUUCCAACAAAAACAUUGCUGUGCACCUGAAGUUUGCCAAAGACCACCUUGACACUCCACAACAAGUUUUUUUGUGAAAAAUUCCCAGUGCACUCUUAAAUCCUCAUGGUGGUGUAGUGACUUGCCUCAAUCCGGGUGGCGGAGGACAAAUCUCAAUUACCUCCGCACCUGAGACCCUCAUCUUAUCUCGUGGCUUGUUGAGCGCAUUACUGCUGUCAUUGCACGUAUGGAGGCUUCACGCUAUUCUGCGCGGCAUCCACACACAACUCGCCAUGUGCCCCACCAAGAGCGAAAACCAUAUUAUAGUGACCACAAGGAGGUUACCUCAUGUGACUCUCCCUAGCAACCGGGCCAAUUUGGUUGCUUAGAAGACCUAGCUGGGUCACUGGAUUUGAACUCACAACUCCAGGGGUGGUAGUCAGUGUCUUUACUCGCUGAGUUACCCAGGCAAAAAUGUUUUGUGGACUGAUGAAACUAAGGUUGUAUUGUUUGGGAAGAACACUGCGCACUACAUUUGACGUAAAAAGGGCACCGCAUGCCAACAUGAAAAUUUCAUUCCUAUGGUGGAGGGACCAUUAUGAUUUGGUGCUGCUUCGUGGCCUGGACCACUUGCCAUUAUCAAAGGAACAAUGAAAGAUAUUUACUCCAAGGGUUCACUUACUUUUUACACAACACUGAAUGUUAGUGGGAUGUGUUCAAUAAAGACAUGAAAGAUUAUAAUUGUGUGUUGUUAGCUUAAGCAAACAAGUAAAAUUGCUUAAAUGUGUUAGUUGCCAGAAGAAACAUUGUGUGGCAGAGGAAUGGACAUAAUGAAGAUACAAAGAAUGUAGCCACUAUCUGUUUUUUAAUCAGAAAUGUUUAUAUGAUCUAUUAUUAAAUAUUGACCCUUUUAGUAUUUCCUUGGCAUUUAAAGUAAAAUGUAAAUCAAAAGUUAAUCUUGGAGUCAAUACUAUUAUGUCCUACGGUAUGGCCUUUAGUGUGA